AUGACUGAUGAACGGGAUUUUUCCUCUGAGGAUGUCGCGCCUAGAGCCGACACUCUUUCUCCCAGAGACCCCACGACCCCUGCGUUCCCCCGGCAGACCUCGAGCCCCGUUGUCCUCCCCUCCCGCGAAUCUUUCGGAGCUGGCCUAACUUCCUCAUCCACACACCUGGGGCAGGUCAAUGCUGCGCGACGGGGUGUUGGGACACAACCUAAAUCGUCGAUGAGUUCACAAGGAACCGGUGGAUUAAAUCAAGAUAUUAUGGCAAAAAUGAAGGCAUUUUCGUUAUCCCGUCAAGGUGCUCCACAGCCACAGACUGCUGCCUCAACGGGGCAGAUCCCCAUGGCUCAAGGAGGCGGUGCAGGCGGCGCAUUUUCUGGAGGCAUGUCCCCGAUCGCUACUCGUCCAAAUCCUCAAAAUUGGUCCUCUUCCUCUGCCGUCUCCGCUCCUGGCUCUAUGUCGCCUCGGCCCGGAGGGCUUGCGGCGAAGCGCAUGAAGCCGGGUCUCAAGCUAUCGGAUGUCACCGGUCCAUCUAAUACUCCAGGUACAGAUCAAAAGCAGGGGGAACAAAAUGCCGAGUCUGCCUUUAGCAAAUACUCCGAGUUCAUCGAUACGAAGGAGGGCACUCUCAACUUCAAAAACAAAGCUAUUCUACACGGAGGUGGUGUCGAAUUUUCGUCAGGCCACAGCUUCAAGAUUUCAUUGGAUGAAGUAGAUCGCUUGGAAGAGCUGGGCAAGGGUAAUUACGGAACGGUCUACAAGGUUCGACACUCUCGCCCGCAUCUACGAAAGCCAGGCCAGGGGUUGGGUGGCAUUGUUAGCCGUCCUCCAGGCCUCGCCGAACCGACUCCAGAAUCUGGGUCAACUCAACUCUCCGGAGUGGUCAUGGCCAUGAAGGAGAUUCGCUUGGAAUUGGACGAAGCCAAGUUUGCACAAAUCAUUAUGGAGUUGGACAUUCUACACCGCUGUGUAUCUCCAUUCAUCAUCGAUUUCUACGGAGCCUUUUUCCAGGAAGGUGCUGUCUAUAUGUGUGUUGAGUACAUGGACGGCGGCUCGAUCGACAAGCUUUACGAGGGCGGUGUUCCCGAGAACAUUCUGCGGAAGAUGGCUCUGUCGACCAUCAUGGGGUUGAAAUCACUGAAAGAGGACCAUAAUAUCAUUCACCGCGAUGUGAAGCCAACCAAUGUCCUUGUCAACAGCAAGGGCCAAAUCAAGAUCUGCGAUUUUGGUGUCAGCGGAAAUCUAGUCUCUAGUAUUGCGAAGACCAAUAUCGGCUGUCAGAGUUAUAUGGCACCUGAACGAAUCUCGGGAGGCGGAAUGCAACAAUCGGGAGCGCCGAGCGCCGGUACAUACAGCGUGCAAAGCGAUGUCUGGAGUUUAGGCUUGUCCGUCAUCGAAUGCGCUAUGGGCCGAUACCCAUAUCCACCGGAAACAUUCAACAACAUCUUCAGCCAGUUACACGCUAUCGUCCACGGAGAUCCCCCAACACUACCCGAGGGCUUCUCUGAACAAGCACACGCAUUCGUCAAGGCCUGUCUCGACAAGAACCCCAAAAACCGACCAACUUACAACAUGUUACUCCGACACCCUUGGCUGGCCUCUCUCAUGGAGCCACCAACCGAUGCCCCACCACCUGAGUCCGGCUCUGGUGAUGUCUCUUCAUCGGCCAUGACAGAGGACGAAGAAGUGGCUGAGUGGGUGAAGAAGCAAAUGAAACUCAAGGAAGAUGGCCUGCUAAAGAUUUCCGAGAAACCAGCACUUCAUGCUGUCGCGCUGGAUCAGGUCGGCACGGGCCCUUCCGAGGGUGUUCCACUCGCUCCGUCGCAAGAUGACUGA